AUAGUACCACCCUAUUGUACAUCGUUCCUCCCCGUUCACUCGGAUAGAGCAACCUGUGGUCACAAGAAUCCGUUCAUUGGCCUACUUAUUCGCCAGGGCCUCAAAUCACACAAUGUCUGGAUCUCAUCGAAACACAGAGACAAUAGGUUUGACACAUACCUUGCUGACAUUCUCCUCUCGCUCUGUACGAAACACAACUAUUUCUCUUUCUUCCUCCGUAUCCAGUUUCAACUCUCCAACCCCUCUCUACGUUACUGAGACCCCGAAGAACUUAUUCGGUGAUCCACCUAACACGAUUUACAGGGUCAGCAGUGACGGAAAGAAGGAACAUGUUGCUACCUUGAUUUGGAGCAUGUUUCGAAAAGACCAGAUUAUCAUCGGUGGGGAGACAAAGGAAUUGAAGCAAGUUUUGCCCAUGAAAGGAUUCUUUUGCAGACAUACGAUGCCUACACUGACAGGAGAUUGGGUGUGGAAAACCUUAGGCGAUAGGCCCGAGCUCUUCAACGCUUCAGGGAAAUCCGUGGCAAACUAUUACAAGAUCUUCAGAUACGAGAAGAAGAAUAAACCCCCUGCAGAGAUGGUUGUAGCGCCCGAGGCGAUGGCCAUGCUUGACAUGGUGAUCAUUGGUCUCCUUUGCUCUCGUCAAGUCAUAAGAAGAUCGAGACGUAGUCGUUCCGGGUAAUCGUGUGCUUUGAACGGUUUUCAUCCCAGAAUCUAACCGAGAACGCACGCCUCCCAUCCCACGUCGAGACCUUCUGACAGUGCAUGGUCCUAUUUGGUUCUACGUUGUUCGCCCGCUUCUCGUCGCAACGUAUGUAUUUGUAUGUCAGCCAUGUACUGAGUGAGUUUCAUAGUAGUCCCCAUCUCGCGGACUGGUGUCUGUCGAAGUGAUGCAAUCCAUCUGGUAUGUCUAAUUUUCAUCUGAUAU